AUGGCAGUAAAAACGCACCAUGCUGCCUACGGUAACCGUGCAGCUUGCCGCGGUUACGUGGAGGUGCGGUACGACUACAUGCGCUCCGUACUCGUACUCGCAACGAUGCUGCCCGUCACGACGCAGAUGCACGGCCAGACAUCAUCAGGCCAGACCAUCGAUGAAUGGCCCGUUGCCGGGCAGACCGUUGGCCAUCAUAUUAAUAGCAGCAUCGCUGCUGCUGCUGAUAUAUUCAGCAGCGCCGUCACCAGCACAUGCAGGUAUUCGCAAUCCACAUCCACGAUCCACAGCACCGCAGCACCGCAGCACCACAGCUGCUUUGACAGGGCUACCAGCAUAACAAGCUCUGACGAGCACGGCUAA